GCGGCGAAUCACAACUUCCACCCAUGUGUGGAGGAGAGAAAUGCCUCAUUGCGUUCAGUCUUGUGGUAUUUUGAUCUAAAGUUGGCAUCAGUAACUUUGAUAUCACCAAAUAAUAGUCGCACCUGAGCCCGUUGCGGCUGCGCCGGCGCGAUGGCGGAGAUCGUUCAGACGCGGAUUGAGGAGAGGAUCCCUGAGCUGGAGCAGCUGGAGAGAGUGGGACUGUUCACUAAGAAAGAAGUCAAAUCCUUAAUCAAAAAAGCCACAGCCCUGGAAUACAAGCUCCACAGGCUGGUUGUAAACAAAGAGGACUUCAUUGCAUACAUUCAGUAUGAAAUCAACGUUUUAGAGCUGAUCAAGAAGAGAAGGGUGCACAUACAUUACCAGUUCAAAAGAGAGGAGAUUGAGUUCCCCGUCAUCCAUCGAAUAAACAGUGUCUUCAGGAGAGCAACAAAUAAGUGGAAGGAUGAUGUGCAGCUGUGGCUCUCACAUGUUGCCUUCUGUAAGAAAUGGGCCACCAAAAGCCAGAUCAGCAAGGUGUUCUCCUCCAUGCUGGCCAUACACCCCGACAAACCAGCUCUGUGGAUCAUGGCAGCCAAGAGUGAGCUAGAGGAUAGAAACUCCUCGGAAAGUGCCAGACACCUUUUUCUGAGGGCUCUGCGCUUCCAUCCAAACAACAAGAAAGUCUACCAGGAGUACUUCCGCAUGGAGCUGCUGCACUGUGAGAAACUGAGGAAGCAGAAGGAAGAGCUGGAGAAAGCUGAGAUGGACCUGGGGGAAUAUGAGUUUUCUCCAGAGAUCCUGAGCGGCAAACUGGCUGAGGUUGUGUACAGAGAUGCUACAGGGAAAAUCGAAGAGGCCGAGUUUGUCGUCUCUCUUCUGAACAUAGCCGCUAUCUUCGACUUCACCAAAGAACUCCAGGACUUCAUCCUGCAAGACUUACAGACCAACUACACACAGGACAGCUUGACGUGGGAUUUCAUGGCUAAGAGGGAGCUGGAGGCUCCGGGGGCCGGGGAGGAGCUGCAGACAGCCAAGGGCCGGGCCUCAGAUAUCACCCGCAGAGAGGAGCGCUGCUGCCAGGUCUAUGAGGAGGGGGUCAAGAGCCUCAACACUGAGCCCAUGUGGACUUGCUACGCAGCCUUCUGCUUGGAGAGGGUGAAGAGGAAAACCAACGUCCAAGAGCUGAAAGAAAAGCGGCAGGAGAGGCUGCUGGGAGUGCUGCAGCGCGCCCACGACUCAGCACUGCUGAAGGAGGAUUAUUAUAAGAACUGGGUAAGAUAAUGGCUUCAUUAAAUGUGCAAAUGGAAUCACAGGGGCCCUUAAGCCUUUAUGGUUUAGUCUCCCUCAUUUGAAUAAUGACUCGUCAAAUGUCUGGUCACAACGCAGUGCUCCUCUUGCAUUAGUUUAGCUUCAGUGUGAGAACAGUGUCAGUCAAAGUGUGGGGAGGCCAGCGUGUGUGUUUUUGACUCAUUCAAAUGCACCUCAUGAGGAACUUUUGACUUUUAGCACUUAUUUCCAACCAUGAUAAGAACCAAAGUCAAC